UUGUUUUUUUUUGGGGCAAGUUGGCCUUUUGUUUUAGCUUCUGACCUUGUUUAUUUGUGUGUCAAAAUCUUCUGUUUUUUUUGUGUUACACGAGGAUGAGGAACUAUGUACGAAAAACUGACAGGGGAAAAACGCCUAGUGAGGUUAUCGAAAGAGCAAUUGAUGUUGUUCUUACAGAAGGAAGAGAAAUAACUGAGGUUGGAGAAAUGUUUCAGAUUCCCAGAAGAAGUCUUGCUUGCUAGAUACGUAGACAAGAAUAAGAAUGUGCUACCCUGUAAACAAAAAUAUGGUUAUUCAAAGAUUCGUCAGGUUUUCACAGAUGAGGAGGAGGCUAUACUAGUGAAAUAUUUGCAUCGAGCAGCAGAUAUUUAUUUUGGAUUGUCACCACUGGACGUUAGGAAGCUAGCAUUUCAAUUGGCCACAAAAAUGAACAUCAAAAUUCCCUUGUCGUGGACUACAAAAUGCUUAGCUGGCCCUGACUGGUUUAGCUCAUUUCUUAAGAGACAUAAUACUUUGUCAAUUAGGAAACCCGAGGCUACCUCCUUGGCAAGAACAUCAUCUUUCAACAACCACAACUGCGACGCCUUUUUUGACAAUUACGAGAGAUUGUUGACAAGAGAAAACAUAUCGCUUGAUUGUGUAUGGAAUAUGGACGAGACUGGUGUUACUACUGUCAUGCCACCUGAAAAGAUCGUUGGUCGACGUGGCCAAAAGCAAAUAGGGGCAAUCGUUUCGGCAGAGAGAGGGACUUUAGUUACCGUUGUUUGUGCAAUUUCGGCUUUAGGAAACACAAUUCCCCCUUUUUUUGUUUUUCCAAGAGUGAACUUCAAAAGCCACUUUCUUAAUGGAGGUCCUAUAGGAUGUGCAGGUACUGCAAACAAAUCUGGAUGGAUGAAUGAUUCCAGCAUGGAGUUAUUUAUGGAUCAUUUCGUAAAAUUUGUUCGUCCAUCCAAGGAACGGCCAGCUUUAUUGCUUCUUGAUAAUCACUCUUCACACAUGGCCAUCAAUCCCUUAAACUUCGCAAAGGAAAACCAUAUUCACUUUCUAUCAUUCCCGGCACAUUGUUCCCAUAGAUUGCAGCCAUUGGACGUCUCGGUGUAUGGUCCCAUGAAAAAAUUUAACAGCAGUGCUGCUUCAGCAUGGAUGCUUAACAAUCCUGGAAAAACUAUGUCCAUUUAUGAUAUUCCGGGAAUAGUUGGCAAAUCGUUUCCUCUAGCUGCUAACCCUGUUAACAUAACAUCUGGUUUUAGACAGACCGGAAUCGUCCCAUUUGACCGCGAAGGUUUCCAUUCACGUGCUGACUAUGAUCCUGGUUUUGUUACGGAUAGAGUGGACCCAAAGUUAACUGUAUCUUUAGUUGAAAUUGAUUUGCCACUUCUAAAUGAGCCAUUUGCUCUUCCAAUUGGGAUUUUACCGGAUGAAGUGGGAACUGAUAUGCAGUUUGUUGUGGAUCCCCUAGUGGAACAUAAUGCUUUGGAGCAUGAAGUGCAACGUGAUGCUGUGGAGCCUGAUGUUGAGCCUGGUGGAAGACAACACAAUUCAAGAUCAUCUAACAGUGCUUCUAGCUCACCUGUUCCCUUUUCAAAUUCACCGACUAAUUCUUCCUGUUCAUCAACGCUGUCGAUAAAAAUACUUGAAGAGUUGAGACCUUUUCCUAAAGCUGGCACCCGGAUAAUUCCACAAAAAAAUGGGCGCCGGAAGAGAACAUCGGCAGUUUUAACUGACACUCCCAUAAAAAAUGUUAUCGAAGCAGAGAAAGCUGCAGUGAAAACAAAAGCCGCAAGGAAGAUUGUGUUAUCUGAACAGCCGCCCAACUCUAAAGCUGAUGAGUUCAAGAAAAGCAAGCCAGCAAAGCGGAACAAAAAAGAAGUCAAGAAAAAAGAAUCAUUUUGCCCAGAAUGCGGAGGGCGUUAUUCCACCACUAAAGAAGAUUGGAUUCGUUGUACAAUUAAAAAAUGUUGCUUAUGGGCGUGCGAGUCGUGUGUGGAUGACAGAGGAGAAGAUGAAAAUGUUGAAAAAGGAGGCAAGCAGAGGCUUCUUUAUUAUGAUGCCCGUAUUCCUUUUUGUCGUCUGAAUACUCAUGUCAUGUUCAUGUCAAGUGUGUUCUCUCUCUAUCUCAUGUCAGUUGCAAUAAAGGUUAUGGGCCCAGCUUAA